AUGGGAUGUUGUGUGAAAUUUAGCGCAUAUUUGCGAUGUCGCUGUCCUCAAGAUGGAAUCGUUCUCAAUGGUUCCUUCAGUAAUUCAGCUGGCGGUGGAAUUUUGGGUUUUCUCGGUGGUGGAAUGACUCCAGGUGCAAAAGUAGCAUAUUUCAGCACCAAUGAUAAGCCCAGUGCACAGCUUGCGAUUGCCACAGCAAUGAACAAUGCGGGUAAACGACAUUAA